AUGGUGUCUGCUGAAGCUGCUCGUAACGUUGUUGGGAUUAUCGGGAAUGUCAUCUCCUUUGGCCUAUUUUUAUCUCCAGUUCCAACAUUUUAUCGCAUUUGUAAGAAGAAAGAUGUGGAAGAGUUUCAACCUUAUCCUUAUGCUGCGACGGUGUUGAACUGCUUGUUCUGGAUUCUUUAUGGGCUGCCGAUAGUUAAACCAGACAGCACUCUUGUUGUGACCAUUAACAGUGUUGGUCUUGUAUUUGAGUUGAUCUACUUGAGCAUAUUUUGCAUUUUUGACACGCAGAAUAAGGGGCGGAAGAAGGUUUUUCUUGUGCUUUUUGGCGAAGUAAUCUUUAUGGCAGCUAUUGUUGUAACCACUUUUCUAGCUUUCCACACUCAUGAGAGAAGAACUCUUUUUGUCGGAGUUUUCUGUGACAUCUUCAACAUUUUGAUGUACGCUUCACCUCUUACUAUAGUCAAAAAGGUUGUGACCACAAAGAGUGUGGAAUACAUGCCACUGUCCCUUUCAUUGGCCAACUUCCUUAAUGGCUGUGUCUGGACAGCUUAUGCUCUCAUCAGAUUUGAUAUCUUCAUGCUGGUCAGCAAUGGUCUUGGAGCUUUCUUUGGUUUUCUCCAGCUCGUCCUUUACGCCUUCUACUACAAAUCUACUCCUAAACGUGGUAGUCAAGAUGUGAAGCCAUCUGAGAUCCAGCUUUCCGCUUCAGAUGCAGCCUCCAGAGCAUGA